CUGUGGAAACUCAAAAACAAAAGACAAGCAUGGAGACGAUAGAAGAAUAGAGAGUAAGAGCAUGUAACACAAAAUCUCAAUGAAUCCUACACACUCAUUUCAAUCGCUGUUCAAUCUAAGAUUCAUAUUCGCCGGCGCCACCAUCGGAUACUGGAGGAGACCCUUCUCAGAUAUUGCAAGUACUACCACUUCAUACAAGCAUGAGCUCAUUCACCGCCUCAACACACAAACCUUGCAGGAGGCACGUGGCUUCUUCGACCAAAUCCCUUACCCUCACGUGACCCUUGCCACCAUCAUGAUUUCUGCCUACGCCUGCCACCACAUGCUCCCUGAAGCGCUCGACCUCUUCCGCAAGAUACCCUGUAAGGAUGUGGUUUCAUGGAACUCCAUCAUAAAGGGUUGUAUAUAUUGCGGCAAUUUCGCCGCUGCACGGAAACUGUUCGACGAAAUGCCACACCGAAAUGUCGUGACUUGGACCACCCUUGUUGAUGGGUUGUUACGUUUGGGAAGAGUCGAGGAUGCUGAGAGGUUGUUUUGGGCCAUGCCAAAUAGAGACGUGGCUGCCUGGAAUGCUAUGGUUCAUGGAUAUUGCAGUAAUGGCAGGGUGGAAGAUGCCAUGCGCUUGUUUUAUAGAAUGCCCUUGAAAGAUGUGAUUUCUUGGACUUCAAUGAUUGGUGGACUUGACCAGAAUGGGAAGAGUGACGAGGCUUUGGUUCUCUUUGAGAAGAUGGUGUGUUCUGGUGUUAAGCCUUCGGCUAAUACCCUGGUUUGCGGGUUGGCAGCUGCUGCUAAAGCGUGGGCUUUUCACGCUGGUGUUCAGAUUCAUAAUUGUGUGUUGAAGUUGGGUUAUUGUUGUUUUGAUGAAUUUGUAACAGCUUCACUUGUCACGUUUUAUGCAAGUUGCAAGCAAAUGGAGGCUGCAUGUAAUGUUUUUGAUGAGGUUGUUCAGAGGAAUGUGGUAGUUUGGACUGCUCUUGUGACAGGGUAUGGUUUGAAUGAUAGGCAUCAAGAGGCAUUAGAGGUCUUUGGGAAAAUGAUGAAAAUGAAUGUGGUUCCAAAUGAAUCUUCUUUCACAAGUGCUUUGAAUUCAUGUUCAACUAAGAUGGGUUUGGAAAGUAGUGUGUACGUGGGAGGUUCUCUAGUUGUCAUGUAUAGUAAAUGUGGCUAUAUUGGUGAUGCAAUCCUUGUUUUUAAAAGGAUUAGUGAGAAAAGUAUUGUAUCGUGGAACUCUAUUAUUGUCGGUUGUGCAGAGCAUGGAUGUGGCAUGUGGGCUCUUACACUCUUUAGACAAAUGCUGCAUGAGAUUGAUCCGGAUGAAAUCACCUUAACUGGUUUGCUCUCUGCAUGUAGCCGAUGUGGGAUGUUUCAAAAGGCGAAGUGUCUCUUCAGAUACUUUGGCCAGAAAAGAUCAAUUACACUGACAGUUGAGCACUAUGCAUGUAUGGUGGAUGUACUUGGCAGGUGCGGAGAGCUGGAUGAAGCAGAAGCACUGGUGACAAGCAUGCCUGUGAAAGCAAAUUCAAUGGUUUGGCUGAUCUUACUGAGUGCAUGCAGGAUGCAUUCUAAUUUACAUGUAGCUGAAAGAGCGGCGAGAAAGAUAUUUGAAAUGGAGCCCAAUUGCAGUGAUGCAUAUGUGUUGCUUUCUAACAUGUAUGCAGCUUCAAACCGAUGGGAUGAAGUAGAUGAGAUAAGGAGAACAAUGAAAGAUAACAGAGUUGUGAAACAACCCGGAUCCAGUUGGCUAACCUUAAACGGACUGAGGCAUGAAUUUCUUUCUGCAGAUAGGUCACGUCCUCUCACUGAGAAAAUUUAUCAAAAGCUGUACUGAUUAGGAGUCAAGUUAAAGGAACUAGAUUAUGUUCCUGAUCAACAAUUUGCUUUGCAUGAUAUUGAAGUUGAGAGAAAGGAAGAAAUACUGUCUUACCAUAGUGAACGGCUUGCAAUUGCAUUUCGGUUGCUUGGCACCCUCGAAGGCAGUACAAUAACUGUGAUGAAAAAUAUGCGAGUGUGUGGUUCUUGUCAUAAUGCAAUAAAGCUUAUGCAAAGAUGGUAGAUCAUAGCAAGAGAUACAAGCAGACUUCCUUACUUUAAAAAUGGCUUGCGCUCUUGUGGGGAUCAUUGGUAGAACAUAAGAUGAUAAGAUUACUCCUUUUAGAAAUUGACAUUCCUCCACAACUAUAAGAGGAUAUUUGUGCAUAAUCCAAUUGGUUUUACCUCUUGGGGGCAUUUUCCAAAGAAAAGAUCAACGCUUUCUUGAUCCUAACUGACUUGGGCUUUCCAAUGGACUCAUUAGCCCGCUAUCUUCCAGUAUUUAUUUGGUCAUCUUCUAUCUCUAGGUGAAAAGAAAUGUCAUACUUUAGAAGGUUUAUACAAUAUAAAG